AUGCUAAGAGACUGCAAUUUUCAUUAAUUUCAAACCUUAGGAAAACUGAAAACCAUAAGCCAUCUAUUUUUCAUUUUAGUGACUUCAAAAAAUGGCACAUCUUGAAUCAGUUUUGCCCAUAAAUAAGCUACAAGGCAAAGUUGCAAUUGUCACUGGUGGCGCAGGUAGCAUCGGGGAGGCCACAGCCCAUGUUUUCGCCAAUCAUGGUGCGCGAGCAGUAGUGAUUGUUGAUGUACAAGAUGAGAAAGGUCAAGCAGUGGUGGAAUCGAUUGGCUCAGAUAGGUGCAGCUAUGUGCACUGCGAUGUUAGUGAUGAAGAACAAGUAAAGGACAUGGUUGAUUGGACUGUUCAAAAAUACGGCCAACUUGAUAUAAUGUUUAGCAAUGCAGGAAUAGCGAGUAAGUCUGAACAAAAACUACUCGAUCUUGAUUUCUCACAGUUUGAUCGGUUGUUUAAGGUCAACGUACGUGGCAUGGCUAUUUGCGUAAAGCAUGCUGCCCUUGCAAUGAUCGCGAAAGGUGUAAAGGGGACCAUCGUGUGCACCGCAAGUGCGGUGUCCGACAACUGGAGGGGGGCAACAACCAUGACCGACUACAUAAUGUCGAAGAAUGCUGUACUGGGUUUGGUUCGAGCAGCUAGUCAACAACUUGGGGUUCAUGGAAUUAGGGUUAACAGUGUAUCACCAUCUGCCAUCGCUUCAUCGAUUACUGUAGACUCAGGUAUGACAUCAAGCGAGGUAGUUGAGAAGGUAUUUGGACCAUUCACUCCUUUGAAAGGGAUAACAUUGACAGCCAAACAUAUAGCAGAUGCAGUACUAUUCCUAGUUUCUAAUGAUUCUGCAUUUGUUACUGGACACGACAUGGUGGUGGAUGGUGGGUUGAUAAGUAUUCCCCAUCUCAACUUCUAGCUUCAACAAAUAUGGGCAUGGUAUGUAUUAUUUUGUGACAUUUAUAUGUAUAAUAGUCAUAAAAAUAUUAAAAAUAAAUGUUGUACUUUCAUAUAAAAGCAUGUGAGUCGUGUUUAAGUUUUCUUGUUGGACCGUCAUCUUUCUAUAAUUGUAAAAGCCCGGAGUUUUUAUAGUAUAUGAUACAACCUAUGAUUUUGAAUAGAUUGUUAGAAUUCUAUUU